GUUUGCAAUUGCAUAAGAUCAAACAAGCCGAAAAGAAAAGAAAUUAAAGAAUGAAAUAUUUUUCGAGCUGUUUUUAUGGUUUCAUAUCUCUUCUUCUUCUUUUUUCAUUAGGAACAUUUGGAUGUUGGGGUUAUAAUAUGGAAGAUUUUGUUCACUGUAUUAAUCUUCAUUCCAACAAUAAUGACUCAAAUUCAACCCUCAUUCACCUUCCAUCUUCUUCAUCUUAUUCUUAUAUUCUAAAUUUCUCCAUUUGCAACCGCAGAUUCUCCGAUCCCGAAACUCCUAAACCAGUAGCCAUCAUCACACCAUCACAUGCUUCCCAAGUUCAAGCCACAGUCAUUUGCUGCAAAAGCCAUGGCUUCCAGAUCCGAACUCGUAGUGGCGGCCACGACUUCGAAGGUCGUUCUUACGUCGCAAACGUUCCAUUCGUGUUGAUUGAUUUGAUAAACCUCAAUUCAAUUACCAUCAACAUGGAGGACGAGAGUGCAUGGGUUCAAUCUGGGGCAACCGUGGGCGAACUCUACUACAGAAUUGGCGAGAAAAGUCAAACCCUUGGAUUUCCGGCAGGGUUUGUGCCGGCGAUUGGAGUUGGGGGGUUCUUGAGCGGCGGUGGGUUGGGGAUGAUGGUUAGAAAAUAUGGUCUUGCAGCAGACAAUGUAGUGGAUGCUUAUGUUGUAGAUGAAAAUGGGAGAGUUUUUAAUAGACAUUCAAUGGGAGAGGAUUUGUUUUGGGCCAUUAGAGGAGGUGGAGGAGGAAGCUUUGGGAUUGUGUUGGCAUGGAAGUUGAAGUUGGUUCCAGUCCCUCCAAUUGUUACGUCCUUUGCUCUCCACAAAACAUGGGACCAAAACACAGCCCACUUAAUCCAUCGCUGGCAAUAUGUCGCACCGGAGGUAGAUCAAGAUCUUUUCAUCACCGCCUGGGUCACAGCAUCAAAUUCAAGCGAUGGAAGUGGAAGAAUUAUGGAGGCUUCAUUCUUCUCCUUAUAUCUUGGAAAAGCAACCGAGCUUCUCUCUCUUAUGGAGAGGACUUUCCCAGAGCUAGGGCUAAAAAAAGAAGACUGUCUCGAAAUGAGUUGGGUUGAAUCAAUGGCAUUUUCAGCAAGUGGGUUUGUUUCUGCUAAAAGCUUAGAACUCUUGCUCAACAGAACACCACUCAAUAAUGGCAGAUACAAAAUCAAAUCCGAUUACCUCACUGAACCGAUCUCGGAAACCGCCCUCGAAGGCAUGUGGGAAAGGUUUAAAAAUGAAGAACUAGAAAAAGUGCAGCUCGUACUGAUCCCUUUUGGAGGUAAAAUGAAUGAGAUUUCUGAAUCAGAAACCCCUUUCCCACAUCGAGCUAGAUAUCCCAUACAAAUUGGCUACUGCGUUACAUGGCAACGUCCCGACGCUGAUUCCAGACACUUGGAAUGGACUCGAGAACUCUAUAGUUACAUGACUCCUUUCGUGUCAAAAUCACCGAGAGCAGUGUACAUAAAUAAUAUAGACCUCGACCUUGGAACAAACAACAAGGAUGGGAUCCCAACAAGCUAUGAGGAAGCUAGCGUUUGGGGGCAUCAAUACUUUGGGAAUAAUUUUGAAAGGUUGAUGGAAGUGAAAACGAAGGUGGAUCCAUUUAACUUCUUUCGACAUGAGCAAAGCAUACCACCGACACCACCGAGAGUAGGAAUCUAAGCAAAUUAUUGCCUGGAUGUGUCUUGUGAGAUCAUGUCAUGUGUAAUAGACAAAAUUACUAGCUACCAAGUACGUAUUUCUGGUUUGGGAUAAUAAUGUAAUUUCAUUUAACUUCUUACGCAUCAUAGAUAAAAUAAAUGUUGGAUUGAACAAUGUUCAUCAUGCUAAAUGUAAUUUGUAAUUUCUAAAAA